AUGCUUAAGGCUCAAGAAGAUAUGCUGUCUAAGUUGGCAAGUUUGUUGGAAGGGAGAAACCUGGAACAUGGAAAGGCCCCUGAGCAAAUGACUGGAGAACCACUUUAUCCUCCAGGGUUUACCUCGGUACAGUCUCAAAAUGUCCAAGGAACGUCUGUUCCUACCAAAGUGUACAUAGAUCCUGUCGGCGUUACUGUGAAUCUUCAACCAGGACCUAGUUCGCACCCCGAAGAAAGUCUCUGUCACCAAGUCCCGGACCUUGAUGAAGUGGCCAAAAAGAAUAAAAACAAACACUUUCGGGAACAAUUCGAACAAUUAGCAAGUGAAGUCCAGGUUAUGAAGGAAGACACUAGUAUGUAUCGACUGGACGCUAAAGAAUUUCGUCUAGUUCCUGAUUUGGGAACGGUGGCACCACCUCAAAAUGACAAUAGACAAGGGGCAAGGGACCCGAGGAGAGGGAGGCCUCAAUUUGAUCCAAUUCCUGUAACCUAUAAGGAAUUAUUUCGCGAUUUAUACGAUCGACAUCUAGUCUCUCCUUAUCAUGUGGUACCUAUACAACCUCCUUAUCCCAAAUGGUAUGAUGCUAAUGUUAAGUGUGAUUACCAUGGUGGGAAUCCUGGACAUUCCAUUGAAAAUUGCACUGCAUUCAAAAAGGUCGUUCAAGCUUUGAGAAGGAGAAAUGUUAUCAAUUUUGGUGACAGUGAACAACCAAAGGUAGCCCAAAAUCCAUUACCAAACCAUGCUGGAGCCGGGAUUAACGCAGUCGCUGAAGAGAAAGGAAAGAGGAUGGUUAUGGAUGUUAGUGAGGUGGAAUCACCCAUGCUUUGGGUAUGGUGCCAAAUGGUUAAAGUGGGAUUGUUGAAGCCUAGUCUAUCAUGUGACCAGUAUAGCAGUGAAGAGGUGUGCCACUACCAUAAUUGCGUAGGACACAAUAUACAACAGUGUCCUGAUUUCUUAAAAUUGGUACAAGGGAUGAUGGACAAGAAAGAAAUCGAAUUCUUCAAAGAAGUGACUAAAAAAGAAAAAGCACAGAUUUGCGUUUCUGAAGGAUCAUCCAAAGGGAUACAUAGUGUUGGUUGUCCCAUCGUCAUUACUCCCAAGAAUCAAGUGAAUGAAAGGGUAGCUCCUUCAACUCCGUUCCCAUACAAAGAUAAUAAACAAGUGCCCUGGAGGUAUGAUUGUCAAAUGAGAGAGGGGGCAAAACAACAAGAAGAAAUAAAUGAAGUAGGGCACUUGACCAGAAGUGGUAGGUUUUUUUUCAAAGAGACAGAGAAGAAGAUUGCUGCUGAAAAAGGAAAGAAUGUCGAUGUUCAGAUAAAAGAAGACGAACUCAUUAUCAAUGAACUGGGGUCGAAGGAUGAAACAGUGGAAUUCUUAAAAUUUUUGAAACAUAAGGCUCAUCGCAACGUCUUGAUAAAAGUUUUGGACCAGACCUUUGUCUCGAAGGAGUUACCCACAGAAAAGCUGGAGCGACUAGUUGCCAAAAUGCAGGCUAAUAACAUUGUAUCUUUUUCAAAGGAUGAGAUCCCUUCGGGGAUGAUUGACAAUCAUAAGGCUCUACACAUUAUAGUUAGGUGCAAAGGGCACGUUUUAUCCAGAGUACUUAUAAGCGAUGGUUCAGCGUUAAAUGAAAUCCCCUUGGUGACUCUAAAAAAACUGCCAGUGGACAGUACCCUGAUGAGGAAUUGUCAAAGUAUGGUUCGAUCUUUUGAUGGAACAGAAAGAGAAGUGUUAGGUAAGAUUGAUAUUCCUUUGACUAUUGGUCCAGCGACAUUUGAAGUAGAGUUUCUUGUGAUGGACAUCAAGCCUACAUACAACUGCUUAUUGGGAAGACACUGGAUUCAUCAGGCUGGGGCAGUUUCAUCAACUUUACACCAGAGGCUAAAGUUCGUAUUUGAUGGAAGGCUGGUAUGUAUUCAUGCGGAAGAAGACAUUAUUGCUUCAGUUCCUGCAACCCCAUAUCUUAAAGUGGAAGAACAAGUUGUUGAAUGUCUUUUCAGAUCGUUUGACAAUGCCACGUUUGUGGCCGAAGGCAAGAAAAUCUCAAAGCCUAGAUCGUCAUACUGUACCAAAACGGGGCACAAACUAACCCUUGGAAGAGGGACCAAAGGUAGCCAAGGGCUAGGACGUCAGUUGCAAGGACCAGUUGGGCCAAAUUACCCUAUUGCUAAAAGAGACAGGUUUGGUUUAGGGUAUCAACCAACUUUGAAGGAAAAACAGAAGGGCAUCAAGAGGAAUCAGGAAUUGAGAGAGGCAAUAUUGACUGGUGAAGACCCAAGUUGGGGACCCAUGACCUUCCCGCCAUUGAGCAACAUUUUCACAUCAGCAGGGCAUGUGUUUCAAAGGACUUCAAGAAGUGGUAAAGUGAUGAUUGAGAAUGCCUUGGAGGAUUUUGGCAUUAAUGUUGUAACCAAUGAGGAGUUUGAAGGAAUGAGAGCUAUAGGUGUCUAUCUUGUACCCCCAGGCUUUGUGUUGAACAACUGGACUAUGGAGGAAUCGCCCUUAAUGGUGGAACAAGAAGAUAAACAGAUUUUGCCUCAUGAAGAGCUUAUAGAGAUAUGGAAUUUGAGUACGGAUGAGGAUAAAAGAAGUAAAGAUUGGUACCACCCUGUGUGCAGAAUGAAGGCAGAGCUUAAUAGAAUUACUUCCAGAAUUCAAGGAUGUAUUUGCUUAGUCGUACACGGAUAUGCCAUGUUUGGACACAAAAUUGGUGGUCCAUAA